UCGGCUCUCAGGGUUGCAUGGUUUGGAGGGUUGAUUUCAAUAGGUGCAUGUGUAAUUACGACAAGUUUAAAUGGAGUUUGGAUUGUGUCAAAUGAACAAAAGAACAUCAACAUUACUGGGCAGGUCCCCGGCAGCAUGUAUACCGCACUGAUAAAUAACAAUGUAAUCCAGGAUCCAUAUUACCGUGACAACGACCUGAAGUAUCGCUGGAUCGGGCGAGAUGAUUGGACGUACAGCAGGGUGUUUAAUGUGAGCUCAGAAAUGAUGAAGAUGACCAAUGUUAAGUUGGUCAGUAAGGGGCUGGACACGUUUGCCACGGUCAUGAUCAAUGGUCAUCUGGUGGGGGAGACAGACAACAUGUUCCUCCAGUACGUGAUGGACAUCAAACCAUACAUCAAAGAGGGUGAAAACUCGAUCCGAGUGUUAUUUACCUCAGCGGUGAAUCAGGCGGAGAGUCUGGCCUCCAACCACAGCUACCUGAUCCCCCCCGCUUGUCCCGUCCCCCAGUAUAAGGGGGAGUGUCACGUUAACAUGAUCCGGAAGGAACAGUGCUCCUUCAGCUGGGACUGGGGACCUUCAUUUCCCACCCAGGGAAUCUGGCGAGAUAUUUACAUUGAGUCUUUCAACACAUCAACCAUUCGUUAUUUCACUGCAGAGACUCGUAAAGAAGCUGAUGGAUCAUGGGCCAUUGAUGCGGAAGUUCACCUUGACGUCCCGUACGGCGAGUCAGUGCCAGGGUCUAUUGAGGUUCAACUGGACGUCACAGGUGUUGGGAUAAAACAGAACAUAACCCUGACACACGAGAACAACAAACUAAAGCAGAGGAUGACCAUCAAUAAGAACGCUGACAUUCGGGAGUGGUGGCCUAAUGGUUAUGGAGACCAGAAUUUGUACAAACUCUACGCUUUCUUCACCAGUGUUGAUGGUCGCAGCAUGUCGGCCAAAAAGAUCACCAUUGGAUUUAAAACGGUCGAACUUGUGCAGGAUUAUGUGUCUGGGGAUCCAAAUCAAGGUAGAUCCUUUUACUUCAAAAUUAAUGGCGUACCAGUCUUCCUCAAGGGAAGUAACUGGAUUCCUGCUGACAGUUUCCAGGAGAGAAUUACGAAAGACAGGCUUCAAAACCUUCUCCAGUCAGCAAGGGAUGUCCACAUGAACUCCAUGAGAGUGUGGGGAGGAGGGGUUUAUGAGUCGGACGAGUUUUAUGAUCUGGCAGAUGAGCUUGGAAUUCUGAUUUGGCAGGACUUGAUGUUUGGUUGUGCCAUGUAUCCAACAAACCCACAGUUUCUGUCUUCUGUCAAGGAGGAAAUCACACAACAGGUCAGGAGACUAAAGUCCCAUGCUUCACUUCUGCUGUGGAGUGGAAAUAACGAAAAUGAGAAAGCUCUACGACAAAGCUGGUAUAACACAGAUGUCAACUUUACGGUGUAUUACAAUGACUACGUGACCCUGUACCAUGACACGAUACAGCCCGUCGUCCAGACUGAGGACACGACUCACCCCUUCAUCAUGUCCAGCCCCAGUAACGGGGUACAGAGUCUGCAGGAGGGAUUCGUUGCUAAGCAACCAUGGAGUGAACUCUACGGAGACAUCCACGAUUACCGAUACUUGGACCCGUUCUUUGACUCCAGUGUUUACCGAGUCCCGAGAUUGGCCUCAGAGUAUGGACUGCAGUCUCUCCCAUCUUACGAGACGCUGGCAAAAGUUUACGCAGAGGAUGACCUAGAUUUCUGGUCAGACAUGAGUGAACAUCGGCAACACCAUCCACUUGGUAACGUACAGCUUAUGACAGAGGUCAUCCUAUACCUGAACUUGCCUAACGCCCCCGACAGGAAACAGAGGUUCAAGGACACCAUUUAUGUCACCCAGAUCGAUCAGGCAGUUGCCAUUAAAACAGAGACCGAACAUUACCGCCGCUGGCAGAACAGACUGGACAAUACAGGGAGAGGCAACACUAUGGGGGCCAUGUACUGGCAGCUCAAUGAUAUCUGGCAGGCCCCCACUUGGUCAUCAAUAGAAUAUGGAGGCAAAUGGAAGAUGCUCCAUUACUAUGCCCAACACUUCUUCUCCCCCAUGCUUAUCUCCCCUUAUGAGGAGGAUGGUGAAGCCAAAGUGUACAUCUGUAUGGACGAGAUAAAGAUCCACACCGAGAGACACGCCCACACACAUCAGAUACAGUUUAUACCUACACGACACCACAGGGCCGGAUUCCUGUUUAUUCCUCAGAGUCAAGCCCACUCCCCCCACCCCGGGGCUCAGGUCUCAGGUACGCUGUACGUCUCCCUGUACUCCUGGGACAACCUGACCCCGCUACACACCUGGACUCAGCCCUUCCAGAUGAAUUUGACGUCCCAGCUGGUGUUUUCUGCCAACAUUAACACCAUGUUACAGCAGGCCAGCUGUAUCAGAAGACAGAACUGCUUCCUGUACUAUCACCUAGGCAACCCACAAAAUGGCCCCACGGCCUGGCAAACUCUCUCAAUCUUCCAGAGUGCAAUAGGGUUACAGAAAGCCAAAAUACAGGUAACAAACAUUGUCACAGUGAAGAAGGACCAAGUUUACAACAUCACCGUCAGCACGUCGGCCAUUGCUCCGUUUGUCUGGCUGGACACGCCGGGAGUUCAAGGUCGUUUCUCUGACAACGGCUUCCUCAUGGUGCACUCAGUUAGAUACCUGCAGUACUUCGCCUGGGAGUUAGUGGACUUAAAGACGUUAGACUUGGCAAUUACGGUGAAAUCUCUGAUGGACAUUUACUACUAACUGAAAAUAAGUGGGCAUUUCUUGAAAGGACCUGGGCAAAGUGCAAUAUGUGUUUUUUACUUAAUCAAUAUGAUACUUAUAGGCAAUCUUUAAAUAAUUGUUUGCCCUCCUCCAACCGACUGGCAGCUGUCUUUAAAAGAAAUGUUUACAGAUGUCCUUUCCCAACCAGCUGGCUUAAAUGACCCUAACUCACAAUUUUUUUUCACCUGCAGAAAAUAUUUUUGCUUACACUUUUUUUUUGGAAUUUACUCAUUCCAUCAACAAAUACAAUGUAUUACAAUAUUUUAUAUAUUUUCAAAAUAAGCGUAGAUGUAGAGAUUUUCUGUGUAAAAAAAAUUUCCAAGAUUUUCCUACAUAUAUUUAUCAACCAGUCGGUGAAGGACAAACAUUAUUUGAAAAAUUGUCCUAUAGUAUACCCGGUACUAAUGUCUUGUUAUACACACUGAUUUCAAAUUGUAGCACAAAAAUUUAUUUUUAUCAUCUUUAUAUGUUUUGAACUUGUUAUUCA